AAUAAAGCUUCUUAUUUCAUUUCAGGAGUCCCAAGAAUUACAAUGGUAAAGUAAGCAAGAUUGAGAACAACGUUAACGGUUCUCAAAAAGUCAAAAUCCUAGUCGAAUCAACUGAUGAGCAAGAGAAUGCCGACGAUGGAUCGAACAAAUGUGAAUCAUCGGAUUAUACUGACAACAAAGACGAGUCUGACAUGAUUGACAGUGACGUUCAGUUUUCUUGUGAUGCUACAUCAAAAGAAGAAGAACAACAUAAUCAAGUUUAUAAUAACAGCAAACACUUUAAUCAUGGAACACCAAAACACCAACAUGGAAUAGAAACAUUUCCUAAUGGCUAUGUAAACGGACUUAAUAUUAAAGAUAUUGGAGUUGAUCUUAUUAAAUCAGAUGUCGUUGCACCAACCAAAGAGGCACAGUACGCAAGUAUUGUUGCCGUGCCCACAAACCCUAAGUACAGCGGCAAGGUUUGCAAUCAAACAGUGUUGACUACAUUUGCACCUGUCUAUGAAGAGAACGUAAGAAACUUUGCACAUAAAGAAUAUCCAGUGUACGCAACCAUUGACAGCUUCAGGUCAGCUGCACACAUACCUUUGGUUCAGACAACAAGCCGUCCACAUGAUCUCAACUAUGCGGAACUAGCAGCUUUUGAUUGCAAUGCAUGGCAUAAUACAAAACGACCUCCGCCUUACGAAGAAACAAAAUACGCUGCAGUGAAAGUACCUCCUGAAAACCAUUAGAUUUGUGUCUUGGAGCCUACAUUAGAAAAGUUGUUCAACGAAUGGCCGUUUUGAAAAUGCUAUAAGCACGUAUUGGAAUGCUACUCAGUCACGUACCUGCCCAAGUAUYAAUCAGAAUUCUGCAUGUCAGUGGAAAUAACUUUGAAUUAGAAACAUUUUCAGCUGUGACUUGUUAUGAUUACUGAUCAAGAUAAAUGAACAGUAUGAAAAAGGAAAGUAGAUUACUAAACACUAGAGAAAAAGAAUGCUCUUUGUUCAAGUACAAAUUGUGUUUAGUUCAAGUUCGUUCCUUUUGCAAGCUGUACAUUCAUAUUAAGUUCGAAAGUUCAAAAGAUAUUUUUAAAAGAGCUUUGUGAAAUGGACAUUUUCCAUAAGGAACGAGCCAUAUGAAUACAUUAUGAAAAGACUAGCAUCAUGCAUGUUAGUUUACAGCAUCACAGUCUGAAAAUUAAAUAGAUUGUAGUCAUUA